UCCAGCUCCAGGCUCCGUGUUCAGGGCGGACAGACACUCCUUGCUCCGGCUCCAGGCUCUACGUUCAGGGCGGACAGACACUCCUUGCUCCAGCUCCGUGUUCAGGGCGGACAGACACUCCUUGCUCCAGCUCCAGGCUCUAUGUUCAGGGCGGACAGACGCUCCUUGCUCCAGCUCCAGCUCCGUGUUCAGGGCGGACAGACGCUCCUCGCUCCGGCUCCAGGCUCUAUGUUCAGGGCGGACAGACGCUCCUUGCUCCAACUCCAGGCUCUAUGUUCAGGGCGGACAGACACUCCUUGCUCCAGCUCCAUGUUCAGCUGUUCAGGGCGGACAGGGAUCUUUGGACAGGGGAGUCCCCGCGCCUGCGUCCGGGGGGUGGGGGGGGAAGUAACAAAAACACAUGACGUCAGGCGGCAUUGUUGCCAUUGGCGCCGGCGCCGCGCUCUGAUUGGUCCACGGCCGAGCCUCCGAACGCCGUGUAUCCAUUUCACGCGUUGCCAGGGGCGACGGCGGCCGCGCGGCGCGGGGAUUGGGCGGCGGGCUGUCACUCAGUCGCCCAGCGCUUCCGGGAAGGUUGGCCGAGCAGAGCCGAGGCUGCGGCUGCUCUUCUCUAUCCCCACUCUCUCUGUCUCUGUCUCUCUCUCUCUCCCCCCCCUCUCCUCACACCGGCACUCUCCGGCUCUGUGCAAGGGAGAGAGCGGGGGCAAAGCAAACAACAGCAUGUACGGCGCCAAAGAGCUAAGCAGUGCUGCGGUGCUAGGCAACUGGCGAGAGGUAAAACGUCUUCUAAACGAAGAGAAGGUGAAUGUCAAUGCGGUUAAUAAAUACGGACAUACCGCACUGCAGGUGAUGAUGAUGGGCUGCAGCUUUGUGGCUGAGGAGCUGCUGAAGAAUGGGGCGGACCCCAACAUCCAGGAUAAGAAUGGCUUCACCCCAGCGCACGAUGUGGCCCGUACGGGCUUCCUGGACACCAUGAUGGUCCUGGUUGAGUACGGCGCGAACAUGGACAUAAAGGACGCCUCGGGCUGUCUGCCGAUCCACCUCGCCGCCCAAGAGGGCCAUCUUGGCCUCGUUCAGUUCCUGGCUACGAAGUCGUGCUUCUGGCGCAAGAACUCCAGUGGGCACACCGCGCUGGACAUGGCGAGGGCUUCCGGUAGAACUGAGGUGGCGGAGUGGUUGGAGGAAUACUUGCAAGCAACGGGAACCCAGUUCCUGCACUGAUACACAGGUGGCUGCAACACUGACUAACAUCUCCUCACUUUAAAGGGCCUGUCCCACCUUCACCACCUAAUUCACAACCUUUUUUACUCGUGGACAUUUUUCAUCAGGCUAGAAAAAGGGCCCCGACCUACUUGAUGCCACGAGUACCCACGAUUAGCAUCACGACCUGGUACGACCUACCUACCUACGACCUCGUGACGACCAUGCUGCGAGUAUAAGUCAAGGGCAAACUCGGCAGAGGUCGUGAAUUAGGUUGUGAAAGUGGGACAGGCCCUUAACCUUGCCAAACCAUGCUUGUGGUUGACUACAUUUUUGUUUUUAAAUCGCCGAACUAGAGUAGAAGCUCCGACUCAAAAUAUUUGAUGGCCAUCUGACCCAAAAAAUAAUAUCCAAAUGGCUUAAAAAAAAAAAUAAUGUCAUAUUUUUUUUUUUUUUUUUUGCUAGUGUAAAUUUGAAAGGGAGUAAAUUUUAAAUUUAAAACUGACUUUGAACUCUGCUGCGCUUUUUGAACCGAGGCUUUUUGCACGUUGCCUCGGGAGCCCUGGGCUUUGCCGAGCUUCCCUGCAGGAGAGCUGGAAGCAGCUCAGCUCCCACAAACUUGGUCUUCGGGGGAAACAAGCACCUUUUGUCGGACUGUCCACAGAUGGAGACGCAGGGAUGUCCCUGGGCAGAACGCCGCUGGGAGCCACUCAGUCACUGCAUCUGGAGACCUGCACUGAACAACGAAAUCUCUUGGACAAUGAGUGGUGGGGAGAGAUGAGGGGGGGGUGGAAGGUGGGGGGUGAGCUGAAAUCCGCUGUUCCCCCCCCCCCCCCCCCCCCCCCCCCCCCCCCCGGUUCAGCCACAAUCACGGGCGCCUCAGGGAAAAUAGUGUCUCUAAAACAGGAAUAUCCCAUGUACGAGCUGGCGAUCGAAGUCUUCAUGCCUUAUCUUAACCAAUGUGUGUUUACAUUGAUUUAAAGUACUGUAAAAAAAAUAAUGAGUUGUGCUUUACAGAUUUUUCUAAGUUAGAAUGGUUUUGUUGUUAUUAUUUCCCCCCUUUUUUUGUUCUUUUAACGGAAACAGCAGUUAAUGUAGCAAUUAUCUUUUAAGUCCUGGGUGUUUUAAUGAUUCAUAAGGUGUGUGUGUGUGUGUUCAUUUAUACUGUUUAAUUUGAAAAUUAAUUUCCCAUUGUACAAAGGCAAAGCUAUAAAUGCCCCUUUUUAAUAAUGUUUAAAAAAGGGGAUGCUUAUGUCCCUGUCCCACUUAGGAAACCUGAACGGAAACCUCUGGAGACUUUGCGCCCCACCCA